GGAGACUGGAUGACACAAAAAUCCAUUGAACGCUUCUCCGGUCAGCGCACCGCGUACAAAUUCCUCCUAUCUUCUACCAUUCAACUAUUCAACGUUCAAAUUCUCUGCUUCUCUCUCUCUCUCUCUCUCUCUCUCUCUCAGAUAAAGAAGAAAGACUGUGAAGCUUCCGGAUCCGGUCAUCGGCGUAGAGGAUGGUGAGAUUACCAUACCUGACGGCCCUAACAACCCUUUUCAGCUAUGGGCUCCUCUUUGCCUUCGGCCAGAUGAGGGAUUUCUUCCGGAAGAUCCUCGAUUUGUGGAAAUCCAAGAAUCUUCAGGGUUACGCUCCGAUCUGCUUGGGGCUUGAGGAUUUCUACACUCGGCGUCUCUAUCUCCGUAUUCAGGACUGCUUUAAUCGACCAAUUGCAAGUGCACCCGAUGCUUGGAUUGAUGUGGUUGAACGUUACUCAAAGGACAGUAACAAGACACUUCACCGAACCUCAAAAAUCAAUAAAUGCCUUAACCUUGGAUCAUAUAAUUACCUUGGCUUUGCAGCAGCAGAUGAGUAUUGCACACCCCGUGUUAUCGAGUCUCUGAAGCAAUACUCACCGAGUACCUGCAGUGCUCGUGUUGAUGGAGGUACGACUAAAUUGCAUGCUGAGCUAGAAGAAGUAGUUGCAAGAUUUGUUAGAAAGCCAGCUGCUAUUCUCUUUGGAAUGGGAUAUGCAACGAAUUCUGCUAUUAUCCCUGCUCUAAUUGGGAAGGGUGGCUUGAUAAUCAGUGAUUCAUUGAACCAUAACUCUAUUGUUAAUGGUGCUAGAGGCUCUGGUGCAACAGUACGGGUUUUCCAACACAAUAGUGCAGCGCACUUGGAAGAGGUGCUCAGGGAACAAAUUGCUGAAGGGCAGCCUCGAACGCACAGACCCUGGAAAAAGAUAAUUGUCAUUAUUGAAGGAAUCUAUAGCAUGGAAGGGGAACUCUGCAAACUCCCUGAGAUAAUAGCUGUCUGCAAGAAAUACAAGGCAUACACGUACUUGGAUGAGGCCCACAGCAUUGGUGCAAUUGGGAAAUCUGGCAGAGGUGUUUGUGAGCUUCUUGGUGUCGACACAGCUGAUAUGGAUAUCAUGAUGGGAACUUUCACAAAGUCAUUUGGAUCUUGUGGUGGCUAUAUUGCAGCAUCAAAGGAAAUUAUCCAACAUCUAAAGAACACUUGCCCAGCCCAUUUCUAUGCAACAUCAAUGUCUCCACCUGCAGCACAGCAAGUUAUAUCUGCUAUUAAAGUGGUUCUUGGAGAAGAUGGUUCUAAUAGAGGAGCUCAGAAACUUGCACAAAUUCGCGACAAUAGCAAUUUCUUCAGGUCAGAGCUUCACAAGAUGGGUUUUGAAGUUCUUGGGGAUAAAGAUUCACCAGUUAUGCCCAUAAUGCUUUAUAAUCCGGCGAAGAUCCCUGCAUUCUCCAGGGAGUGUCUUAGGCGCAAUCUUGCUGUUGUCACUGUGGCAUUCCCUGCUACUCCACUUCUUCUAGCAAGAGCCCGUAUUUGCAUAUCUGCUUCACAUACUAGAGAAGACAUGAUAAAAGCAUUGGAGGUCAUUAGCAAAGUAGGUGAUCUUGUGGGAAUCAAGUACUUCCCAGUAGAACCUCAGAAGCACCUUACUGACAAGAUUCAGAAGAAACUGGAGUGAAGAACUUUCUUGAAACUGAUCCUAGGCAUGAAAUGGCAAAUGGAAUAUUGGAAACUUUACGUUUAGUUUAUAACUGGAAGCACUAUUUUGUUUCUUAUUUGUGUCAACUUAUAAUCUAUAUUACUAGUAAGGAUUUUCUUCAUUGUACAGUUCUUAGUAAAGAUUUGCUGUAAUAAGCCUGCACUUGGUUUCCUGUGUUCAGCUUCUUUGACUCUUCAUGGUUAAAGACUUAUUUUGGAAAAUAGUGGAAGUCAAGUUUUUUUUUUCUUAUAA